GCUAUUUGUAUGUGCGGACACAGCCAAUCUCUUCCUCAUGACGCCACCGAGGCUGGGCUCACAGGGCUUCGAUCAAAAUAUUUAACACACCCACCCUGGAUGAACACUUGGAAGGAAGACAAGGCUGCGUUGAGAGGACAAAUCACAACCAGGAUCCCCGCACCUGCCAGCCAAGUCGUUCGUUUGACUUCAGCGAGGGCUCACCGACUGCGGAGGCUUUGUCCAGGAGCGGGGCAGCAUCCAAGCAUCUUGCGCUGGAUCACCUGUUAGGCAGUAUUUUCUUUUUUUAAUGGAUUUCCUUUUCUGAUUGUGAAUUUAUUUAUCCAAAAAAUACAAGAAAUGCUGUGUUUUGCGGACUAGGUUGCAUCAAUCUCUCAGGUUACUUUUUUUUUCCUCCCUGAAGAAAUUUGACAUGUCACCAUCGGCUGGAUGAGAUACGAGGAAGCAGGUUUGAGGAAGGACAUCGGUGCUUUUAACCGGAAACCUGUUUCGUUUGUUGCCCCUUGUCAAAUAUUCUCCUCCCGACACUGUGUCCUAUUCAGCAACGCAAUGAAUGAAAAGCACUUCUUGAGCCGCCGCCGCUGAAGUGUCCUGUUUUCACAAUGUGCUGGUCUGGCCACUUGUCUGACAAUGAAGAUCUGUGUCUGUUGUAAAUAUUGUUGACGGCACAACAUACCAUGGAGUUUUUAACAUAGUCUGGGUCUUGUGCGUGCAAUGAUCACCAGAGAAUCUCAGAAACUCAUAUCACCGCCUUGCCAUCGCGUUAACACUGUUGACAUCAAUGUGGGUACUGUAAGGUGCGCUGCGCUCCAAGCUUUCUCCGUGUAAAGACAAACGAGGCUAAACAUGAUCCUGUUCCGCAAAUUCAGAGUGCUGAUACUCAUGGUGUUCCUGGUCGCGUGCACCAUGCACAUCAUGAUAGACUUGCUGCCCAAACUCGAGAAGCGAGCGGCGGGAGCGGACGGCGCGGACGGCGGCUGCCAGUGCGCUCACCACCCGGGCGCAGAGUCGCAGGGCUGGGGGAAGCAGCGCGCCAGGACGGCGGCCGAAGCGGGCUGGCCUAACAAACACACGCUGAGGAUCCUGCAGGAUUUCAGCAACGAGCCGAGCUCCAACCUCACCUCGCAUUCCUUGGAAAAGAUCACGGCCGCCGGGGUCAGGGCGGAGUCGGCGAGGCGGGCGAGACCCGCGGCGGGGAGGGCGGAGGACCACAAGCCGCUCAUCGGAGACGCGAGCGGCGUCCGGACCGUCGCUGCCCGCGGCGUCUCCCGGCUGUCCGCUCUCUUCGAGCAUCCCUUGUACAAGGUUGCUCUUCCUCCCCUCACUGACGAUGACACUUUGUUUAACGUUAACACCGACAUCCGAUUUUAUCCCAGAGCAACAGGGAACCAAGGAUGGCACAAUGAGGAGGGGAACGAGGACGAGGAAGAGUUCUCUCCAACCGCGGAGGUGACGGCUGAAUCUUACCCAAACUGGCUGCGCUUCCACAUCGGGAUCAACCGCUACGAGAUGUACUCCAGACACAGUCCUGUGCUGGACGCCUUACUGAAGGAUCUGGUCACAGAGAGGAUCACCAGUGUGGCCAUGAAAUCAGGAGGCACCCAGCUGAAGCUGAUCAUGACUUUCCAGAACUACGGACAAGCGCUGUUCAAGCCCAUGAAGCAGACCAGGGAGCAAGAAACGCCUCCAGACUUCUUCUACUUCUCCGACUUUGAGAGGCACAACUCAGAGAUUGCUGCUUUUCAUUUGGACAGGAUCCUCGACUUCCGGAGAGUGCCUCCGGUGGCGGGGCGACUCGUUAACAUGACGAGGGAGAUCAGAGACGUGACGCGGGAUAAGAAGCUGUGGAGGACCUUCUUCAUCUCGCCAGCCAACAACAUCUGCUUCUACGGCGAGUGCUCCUACUACUGCUCCACCGAGCACGCUCUGUGCGGCAAGCCGGACCAGAUCGAGGGCUCCCUGGCCGCCUUCCUGCCAGACCUGAACCUGGCCAAACGCAAGACCUGGAGGAACCCCUGGAGGCGCUCCUACCACAAACGCAAGAAAGCCGAGUGGGAGGUGGAUCCAGACUACUGUGAUGAGGUGAAACAGACGCCCCCGUAUGACCGUGGCACUCGACUGCUGGACGUCAUGGAUAUGACCAUCUUUGACUUUUUAAUGGGUAACAUGGACCGCCAUCAUUAUGAGACUUUCGAGAAAUUUGGAAACGACACCUUCAUCAUUCACCUCGACAAUGGAAGAGGGUUUGGAAAACACUCCCAUGAUGAGAUGUCCAUCCUGGUCCCUCUCAGCCAGUGCUGCAGGGUGAGGAAGUCCACUUUCCUGCGUCUCCAACUGCUGGCCAAAGAGGAGUACCAGCUGAGCUCCCUGAUGGAGGAGUCCCUCCUGCGCGACCGCCUGUCUCCCGUUCUCAUCCAGCCUCACCUGCAGGCCAUGGACCGCAGGCUCCGGCUGGUGCUGCAGGUCUUGAGAGGCUGCGUGGAGAAGGAGGGCUACCUUAACGUCGUGGAGGAGGAUCUAGUCGGGGACACGGCCACCCACAGGGGCCCGGGCCACAGGUAGUGAGGGCGAGGCUCGAGGGGGUGACGAGAACCGCCAGUGACACGUAGCCAAUGGACCACGCGAGUGGCUGUUCAAGAAACCAGAAAAUCCCACUUCUGAUAUCAAGCUGAAUUCAGUGAAUUCCAAGACUUGCCGUCAUUGCCUCUAUGGAAACUGCUUUUAUGUGCUCAUAUAGAAGAAACUCUCCACAGACACCACGAAAGACUGUGCAUAGACAGAGACUUUGUAUUUGUUACAGAUGUAUUUUAGUUUUAUCAGAUGCUGUAUAAGACACAAAGGAACCACUGCUGUGUUCGGAUUACGUCCCGUUCUGAAUACGGAGGGUGUUUUCGGUAUGUUUUACGUGUUUUAUUAUAUUACUACAUAACCAAAUCAGAACGUACACAGACAAAAAGCUUUACCAGUUACUGCAACGUGUGGAGAGGGUGAGAAACUGUAUGAUUUGUUUUUUCUUUUUAUUUUUGAUUUUUUUUUUGGAACACAAAAUUUUUAUUGAAUGUUACAAGGAUCUGGCCCUGCACAUACAUCUGUCUUUAUAAGCUCUUUUUUUUGUCUUGGCACAGACUUCAGAAGACAGCAGAAAUCGGAGUGUGUAUCACACUACAGGCGGGGGCACGCCAUCAGGAAAAAGCAAUGUAGAGGCCCAACCAGAGUUUGCUAAAGCCUAACUUUCCACGUAACUGUGGCUAGGUUAAACAAUAGCAAUGAAUCGAGAGUGAUAACGCUACCAUGCUAACGGAUGUCGGGAAAAUUCACUUUGAAGAAUUAAUGCGCAUUAAUUAAGUUUACAGGUUUUCAAUCAACUAUUUGUUAUGGGAAUGGACCCCUGCUCUAUUAUGGUUUGUCUAACCUUGCAACAGUAACAUAAUAAGUCAGGACAGUGAAUAGGAAAGAGGGCUGUGUUCAUUUAAUUUAAUCUGGACACUUGUUGAUGGAACUAGUACAUACGCCUUUGCCUGGGACCUACCUAAGGAUCACCACUGACUGUAGUUCAAACAGUAUUUUCACGUAGCCUUAGUUAAGCUAUAUAUCUUUAUUAUUAUUAUUAUUACUCUUAUUUCCGCUCAUCUCUGAAAGUUUAGCCUGCACUAUUUUUUUAAUAUUAAAAUAAUACCGAUCGAGCCAAAACAACGCUAAAAGUAAAAACUGAAGGUCACACUGACACACUGGUGUGGAAUCAGGUUCAAAUUAAAUAUUCGUAAAAGUAGAUCUGAGUUUUUUUGUUUUUGUUUUUUUGUGUUUACAUGACGCAAAUUUCAUCUGUUUAGGUUUCACGUCCACAUUUUUAUUUAUUGUUGCGUCACAAAGAAUGGCAGUGGUUACGUAACGUUUAGGUUCCGGUUAGGCUUCAUGUUGCUUUCUACAUCGAGAACUAUCUACCUUAGAGACUUUAAUAUUUGAGUACUAUUUAAAAUCGGUGUUCUUUUGAAUGAUAUUUUUGUGUUGAGAUUAUAAAAACAAGACAAAAAAGAAAAAAACAACAACAAAGCUGUUUGAUUUUGGUGCCAGUGCAAUUUUCUGUUUCCUCCUGAGAGUCCUGUGUAUCGGCUAACCCAGCAACUGUGCAAUGACAGAAAUACAGUACUUGAAUGUUUAUGGGUCGGCGGUACGGGCAGGACGCAUCGAGCUACGAGCAGUGUGACGUCUGAGCGGUCUCAAGUUGUGCUCGAGGGCGAUAACAGGCGCUAAAGGCCUCAUCGAACCACAGGGAUAACCACGGGCACUGUUCCUUGAUUUUCAUAUUUCCAGUGUAAAUAACCUAUAAAUAGUUUGAGGAUCUACCGAGCUUCACAGCACAGUGAUUUGCCUCUGUUUUCUGCUCUCGCAUUGUUACUGUGAAGUUAUGUUUACCAAGCGAUUAAAGUGUGCAAUAAAAACAAAAAAGUGAGGACGUAU